UCAACUCUCUACGCUACGGUCCGAUGGUCCUUCCUCUGCUCUACGGAGUCGAAGACAGGAGUCUCUUCAUUUUCCUUUCUUUUCUGUCUCUGUUUCAGUCUUUCUAGAAAAACCCUAGCCACCAUAUCUGUCUCUGUCUGAACUGCAAAAAGAAAACCUUAAUGCAGAGUCAGUUUAACGCCAUGGAAGAUAAGUUUCAUCGUAGGGCUUCGAAGAGGCCGUUGGUUUUGGAAGAUGAAGAUGAUGCUGAUGGUUCUAACGAAGUUUACCGCUUCAAAGUCCUGUUACCUAACGGGACUAGCGUGGAUUUGUCUUUAAAGAACCAAAAGCCAGAAAUCUCGUUUGAAGAUUUUAUCGACUUGAUCAGGGUCGAGUAUGAUUAUAUCGUUAGAAGCCAGCGUCAGUCGGUUAAACGAAAAAGAAUAAUAAAUUGGAACAGUGAAAAGUUAUAUCUUGAAGGUGACAUGGGCGGUAAAAUAAUGAGUCGAAUCAAGUUGCGGCAUUUUAAGCCCCUGAAGUGUCACAUUCUACGCCUUCAUGAUGGUUCCGGAGAGGUUGCCAAUACUUAUGAGAAUAUGUGGGAUUUGACACCGGAUACGGAUUUGUUAAUGGAGUUACCAGAAGAAUACACUUUUGAAACUGCUCUUGCCGAUUUGAUUGACAAUUCCUUGCAAGCAGUAUGGUUGAAUGGUAAAAACGAGAGGAGAUUGAUAAGUGUGAAUGUUCUGGAGAAUACAAUUUCAAUUUUUGACACUGGGCCUGGAAUGGACAGCAGUGAUGAAAACUCUAUUGUUAAGUGGGGAAAGAUGGGUGCCUCUCUAAACAGAUUAUCUAAAGUUCAGGCAAUUGGGUGCAAACCUCCAUACUUAAUGCCCUUUUUUGGCAUGUUCGGAUAUGGAGGACCUAUUGCAUCUAUGCAUCUAGGGAGCUGCGCUAUAGUUUCUUCCAAGACAAAAGAGUCCAAGAAAGUUUACACAUUACAGAUUGCGCGAGAGGCUUUACUCAACAAUUCUAAUCCUGAACGUUCUUGGAGGACUGAUGGUGGCAUCAGGGAUGCUUCAGAAGAUGAAAUUGAGAAAUCGCCUCAUCAGAGCUUUACAAAGGUGGAGAUAUUAAAGCCUAAACAAAAAAACUUGGACAUUUUUAAACUCCAAUGCAAGCUUAAGGACACCUACUUUCCAUAUAUUCAGUGUGAUGAGUUGUCCAAAGUUGGCAGGACUAUUACACCUGUUGAGUUCCAGGUUAAUGGUGUUGAUUUGACUGAAAUUGAUGGUGGCGAAGCUGCAAUCACCAACUUGCUUUCUUGCAAUGGUCCUGAAUUUAGUAUACUGCUUCACUUUUCCCUUAGAAGGGAGAAUGUUGCAACCAAAGGUUCAAAGGCUUCUCAAGAGGCAAAUGCUCGCCUCAAGUGUAUUUAUUUUCCCAUACGUCAGGGGAAAGAAAAUAUUGAGAGGAUUUUAGAGAGGUUGGGUGCUGAAGGAUGUGGAGUUAGAGAAAACUAUGAGGAUUUUAGUCGCGUCUCAAUUCGACGUCUUGGUCGUUUACUUCCAGAUGCUCGUUGGGCAUUACUUCCUUUUAUGGAUUUGAGGCAGCGCAAGGGGGAUAAGUCCCACUUAUUGAAAAGAUGUUGCUUGAGGGUUAAAUGCUUUGUUGAGACUGAUGCUGGCUUCAAUCCAACACCAUCAAAGACUGAUCUGGCGCACCAUAAUCCUUUUUCCAUUGCUCUAAAGAACUUUGGCAGUAGGCAUGUAGAGAAAGAAAAAGAUGUUGAUGUUGAAAUUUAUAGAGGCGGUAAACAGUUAACCUUUCUACAACUGGAAAGGGAGUAUCAGGAUUGGCUUCUUCUAAUGCAUGACAGUUAUGAUGAAGAAAUCGUGUCUGGUGAGGAUCAGCCAGUUCUUGUUGUUGGUCCUUUGAACAAGAAGGCACUAGGAAUAUCAUCUGAUGUUAUAAGGGUUCAUAAAAUUCUUAAGAGAAAGGGAGUAUUGUGGAAACGUUGCCAGAGAAUCAAAGUUCUUAAGGGUGCAUGUGCAGGGUUUCAUAAGAACAAUGUUUAUGCUACAUUAGAAUAUUUUUUGAUUGAGGGAUUUCAGGGGGAUUUUGGUGGAGAAGCUCGGAUUAUAUGCAGGCCACUAGGUCUAUCGAAUGGCUCUAUUCUUUCUGUAAAGGAUGGAAAUGCCAGCUUUGAUAUUCGCAGUUCAUUAUCUCUUCCAGUUAGUGUGAUUGAUUCUGGAAAGUGCCUAGCUAUUGAUGAUACUGAUUGGGAUUGUCAACUGGAGAAACAAUGUCAGAAGGCUCCCUCGAGAAUUGACUUGCUGAAUGCGAAACAGUGUCAAGAAUUGGAGGUUGAUGGGGCAUUGCCAGCUGAUGCCACAGUACAUGCUGGACUAGUUCCACCAAAGGAAAUUGUCGCUGUUCUUCGUCCAAGGAGUUUUGGUUCUUCUAGUGCUUCAAAUGACUUGGAGCAGAAGGACAUUUUGAAGAUUAAUUUAGAGAUGUCAAUGGAAGUCAAUUUUAGAAGAACCAAGAACCAUCAAGAUGUUAAACAUAUUUACUCAGGCCGAAUUACACCUUCGUCCCAUAAAGGGUUUAAUGGCUUGUACGUAUUCCCAAUUGGGAGCAAGUUCACACACUUGUUUCAAGUAGCAGGCUUAUAUACCUUUUUAUUCUCUAUUGAACAUUCAGGUUGUCAGGAUUGCAAGAAAACACUGCUGGUAGUGCCUUCGCUUAAGGUUGGGAAGUGGCGGCUUCUGAGUGAUGGAAAGAUUCCAUCAUAUAAUGUGAGGGUCGGUUCAUGUUUUGCACUUAUCCCUAUUGCAUGCUAUGACAUAUAUGGCAAUCGGAUGCCAUUUUCCUCCAUUCCUAACUUCAAGAUCAAGCUUGUUAUGAAUGAAGGUAUGCUAGUUGAUGUGACCCAGAUGAAGCCGUCCCUUUCUUCCGAUAACUUGGUCCUUAAUAUUGAGGAUGUCAUGAUUGAAAGUAAUGGGUUGGACUCAAUGCGGCCUCAUUAUGCAGCCACCUUGGUGAUAUAUUCAAAAGAUGAGUCGGUGUCAAUUUCUGUUGAAUGUCAAGUUACCCCUGGAGCUUUACGGAAUGUCAGAGCCUGUCCAGAAGUUCUUGGAAACCAAUUACUCCCAGGCUUCAUAAUUGAGCAGCUCGUACUAGAGAUGUUUGAUGCAUAUGGCAAUCAUGUUGCAGAGGGUGCGGAAGUUCAGUUCCACUUGGAUGGAUUUGUUAUUCAAGGACAUCUAGGCUCAAAGUAUAAGGUGGAUGACCGUGGAUGCAUUGACCUUGGGGGCCUAUUGGAAGUAACUGCAGGUUAUGGAAAAUCAGUAUCUCUCUCUGUUUUACAUGACGGCAAAGUAGUCUUCAAGCGAGAGUUUCAAACUGAGAAAAGGGAACUAAGAAUUGCAUCAGUGGUACCUGAGCAUUGCAUUGCUGGCUCUAUACUGGAAGAUUUAGCUUUUGAAGUUGUAGACUCCCAAGGUGUUGUUGAUGAAACUUUUCAUGAUGAUGAAAAGCAUGGCCAAUCCCAUAGACUCAUAGUUAACUCAGAAUCAUUUGAAACAUGUGAUUCUAUAUGCUAUGCAUUCAUUCACGGCUGCUGCAUCGUCACUUCAAUUCCCCUUCCUGAAAUUGAAGGGCCAUUUUGCUUCGUAGCUUUUCAUUCUCGUUACAUGGAUCUGUAUCUCAAUGUCAAGGUUUCUCUUGUGCGUCCUCGGAAAGUUGAGUCUGAUGAGAUUGAGUACCCCUCAGAUCAGAAGGGCUUGUUCCUGCAGAAGUCACAAUCUGUCAAGGAUGUAGGAUGUCUACUGUCCCUAGUGAAAUAUGACAAGGAACUAGAGGAUGAAGUGUGCAAAUAUGGUGAGCGCAUUGCAAAAUGGGAACAUCUGCUGGAAACUCUUGAUUGUAGGAAGGCAAGCAUUGAGCGAUAUGUGUCUGGUUUGCAAGCUUCUCUGGAACCUAAUUUAAUCAACAAUUUGGACUCUUUGUCCACAAAAGAAGAAAUGAUGAUACGGAUCAAGGAAAGAGAUCAUUCUGCAGCUUCUGUUCUCUGCAGUCUUGCUCAAAAACUUCCAUUUCAAGAACCGUGGAUGGAUGUUAUCGAAGGGUUAGUAGGUGUGGUAGUCCUACUGGGAACAGUUUGUACCAGUAAGCUUAGCAGGAUUUUAGCUGAGUACUUGGGUGAAGAUCAGAUGCUUGCUGUUGUGUGCAAAUCCUAUACAGCUGCACGUGCUCUUGAGAAGUAUGAGCAUAAUGGAAAAGUUGAUUGGAAACUUGGUCUUCAUGCAGAAGCUACUGCACUUGGAAAAUCAAUAAGUGGCAGAUUUCUUGUUGUCUGCCUUGAGGAUAUAAGGCCUUACCCAGGAUUGAUUGAAGUAAGUGACCCUCAGAGGAAGCUAGCGUUGCCAGAUCCUAGGUUACCGACUGGAAACACUCCUCCAGGUUUUAUUGGUUAUGCGGUUAAUAUGGUUAACAUAGACCAUCCUCAUUUAGAGAACUUGACCACUGCUGGCCAUGGUCUGCGGGAGACCCUAUUCUACAGACUUUUUAGCAAGCUUCAAGUAUAUGAAACGAGGGAACAUAUGGAAAAUGCUCGUGCUUGCAUAAAACACAGUGCUAUCUCUCUGGAUGGAGGAAUUCUGAGAAAGAAUGGAAUUAUAUCUCUUGGAUACAGGAAUCCUGAAAUACAUUUUCCAGUUCAGAUGCAUGUCUCUCAGCAACACAAGGAAAUCAUGGAGCAAAUUAAGAAAAUGAAGUUGGAGCUAAGAAGCAUCUUACAGCAUAUAGAGAGAAUAAGUGAAAAUCAUGCCAAAGCUUCUAAGAAGUUUAACAAGAGAAAAAUGAAGCUGGAGAAGUGCAUGGAUCGAAUGGAUUCCACAAUCAAGUAUUAUCACGUGGAAUAUGCUCCCAAUACACUUAAGAGCGAGGAAGCCCCUCCCAUGUGACUUUAUUUCUCACCUAUGCCUGUAUAUAUGGUUAUUUAGUACUAUCUGUUACUAGGUAUAUUAUUGGUACUUGAGUUCAUUCAACUGGUGGAUUUGCUUAACAACUGAAACUUUAAUAGAGGAAGCUGCUUAUGUCCCAACCAUCAGAGCUUAACAUGUC